CAUCUGGUCAAAGUGACCGGGCCCUACCUCAUCUCAUCCCCCUUCUCCAUCUCCCAUCUCCCGGCCAUCUCCCAUCUUUCUGUGGUUUGUCUCCAAGUUUUGUAUCUUUGAGGUUUUCUUCGUCUUUUUCCUCCUCCAUCGGUAAUGGUGGUUUGGUUUUAGGAGAUUGGAGUCGAAGGCGACCUGUGGAGAGGAACGCCAUCGAUGGUCUCCAUCCGAAGAUGAGCCUUCGCAUUUGAAAGUCUGUGAAAUGGUGGGAAAAGGGACUGCAACCUAACAUGAAGGAGGUCCAAUCAGCACAAGACCUUGUUGAUUCUUUGUUGAACGCUGAUAACAAGCUUGUCAUUGUUGAUUUCUACUCCCCUGGUUGUGGAGGCUGCAAAGCUCUCCAUCCCAAGAUUUGCCAGUUUGCAGAGUUGAAUCCAGAUGUUCUGUUCCUCCAAGUGAACUAUGAAGAGCAUAAGUCAAUGUGUUAUAGUUUGAAUGUCCAUGUUCUUCCCUUCUUUAGGUUCUACAACUUGAAACAAAUGCUUGUUCCUGCAUCAGAUGAUGUUGCAGAAGCAACUCCCAUCAGCCCAAUGUUCUCUCCAACAAGAGUCCUUAAAGGUUCUGAGGAUAAGGUUUUUAGCAAACUUUGAUAAAAUAGAGGAGAUGGCUCACUGUCAUCCCACAUUGUCAUUUUGCUCUCCCUAUUGUACAGUUUGUUACCUGUAAACCUUGUCAGAUGAAUAUUAUGAAGAAAAUGUUGUGCCUUUGUUCUUCAUUUCUAAUACCAAUGGAUGAGCUUUGUAUCAUUGAGAAAUCAAUGUUAUCAGAA